UGCGAGAGAGAAAACCCUAAUUCCAGCAAGUAAUUUUCGCUGUCGUUUCGUCUUGUUCCUUUACAUCGGAAAGUGUUCACCGUCGAAUUCAAUUAUUACCUCUUUUUCGUUUUUCGUGGUGGCGAUUUCUCUUCUCGUAUUGAAAACCUAACCUUUUGGGAUUCAUCCUUUCCCAGAUAAAUUACUCUUCCGCCACCAUCGCCUUAAAUCUUAAUUUUUUUUUCGAAUUGAAUCCGUUCUGGGCAUUCCAACGUUCUAAUCGUUUUCAGUUGGAUUCAGAGAGCUUCUCGUACUUGUUCUAGAUAAUUAGGCAGAAAAGAUGGAUGAUUGGGAGGCCGAGGACUUUCAACCAAUUCCCGCGAAAGUUGAACUGAAAAGUAACUGGGAUGAUGAGGAUGUUGAUGAGAAUGAUAUCAAAGACUCGUGGGAAGAAGAUGAUGAACCUGCUCCGCCACCUGUAGUAAAGCCUGCUCCUGAGAAGGCUCCAAAGAAAGCAGCAGCGAAAGUUGUUGAAAAGAAGGGUAAAACUGUUGAAGCUCCAAAAGAAUCAUCAAAGGAAGAACCUCUAGAUCCCAUUUCAGAGAAGCUCCGCAUGCAGAGGCUUGUGGAGGAAUCUGAUUACCAGGCAACUGCUGAACUUUUUGGAGCAAAGACUGAAGAGAAGAGCGUCGAUAUGUUUAUUCCCAAGUCUGAAAGCGAUUUCUUGGAAUAUGCUGAGUUGAUUUCUCAUAGACUAAUACCAUAUGAGAAAAGCUUUCACUAUAUUGGCCUACUCAAGGCAGUGAUGAGAUUAUCUCUGGCCAAUAUGAAAGCAGCAGAUGUUAAAGACGUUGCUUCGUCCAUUACAGCAAUAAUGAACGAAAAACUGAAGGCAGAAAAAGAAGCUGCUGGCAAAAAGAAGACAGGUAAGAAGAAACAACUGCAUGUGGAUAAGCCUGAUGAUGAUCUUGUUGCGGGUCCUUAUGACGCAAUGGACGAUGAUGAUUUCAUGUAAAAAAUGGCAUUUUGGAGAUUUGGAGAUUGCACUUGCCUCCUAUAGGAUUGUAACUGAGAAGAGGUUUAAAAAAUCAUCGGCUGUUUGUUUAAUUUAUUUAUUGAAGCAAC